GUGUUUAUUCAUUUUCUCAGGUCCCCGUCCCCCGGCAUUCUGUUGGUGUGGUCAUUGGGCGGAGUGGAGAGAUGAUUAAGAAAAUACAGAAUGAUGCUGGGGUUCGAAUCCAGUUCAAGCAAGAUGAUGGGACAGGUCCUGAAAAAAUUGCCCAUAUCAUGGGCCCACCUGACAGAUGUGAACAUGCUGCCAGGAUUAUCAAUGACCUUCUCCAGAGUCUUCGGAGUGGCCCUCCAGGCCCUCCAGGUUCGGGAAUGCCUCCCGGAGGCAGAGGUAGGGGCAGAGGACAGGGCAACUGGGGGCCUCCAGGAGGAGAGAUGACCUUUUCUAUACCUACGCACAAAUGUGGUCUGGUCAUUGGCAGAGGUGGGGAAAAUGUAAAGGCCAUAAACCAGCAGACAGGAGCCUUUGUAGAAAUAUCUCGGCAGCUACCACCCAACGGAGACCCCAAUUUCAAAUUAUUCAUUAUUCGUGGCUCACCUCAACAGAUUGAUCAUGCCAAACAACUGAUUGAGGAGAAGAUUGAGGGUCCCCUCUGCCCAGUUGGGCCAGGGCCUGGACCUGGUGGCCCUCCUGGACCAGCACCCAUGGGUCCCUUCAACCCUGGGCCGUUCAAUCAAGGACCACCCAGUGCACCCCCUCACCCUGGGGGACCACCACCACCUCAAUAUCCACCUCAAGGCUGGGGAAAUACAUACCCACAGUGGCAACCUCCAGCUCCUCAUGAUCCAAAUAAAGCAGCAGCAGCAGCAGCAGACCCCAAUGCUGCCUGGGCAGCAUAUUACUCGCACUACUACCAGCAGCCUCCUGGCCCAGUUCCAGGAGCACCACCAGCCCCCACUGCACCACCGGUGCAAGGAGAGCCCCCCCAGCCGCCCCCCAGCGGACAGUCAGACUACACGAAAGCAUGGGAAGAGUACUAUAAAAAACUAGGCCAGCAGCCCCAGCAGCCUGGAGCUCCUCCCCAGCAGGACUACACAAAAGCCUGGGAGGAGUAUUAUAAGAAGCAAGCUCAAGUAGCGACUGGGGCAGGGCCAGCAGCACCACCAGGACCUCAACCAGACUAUAGUGCAGCGUGGGCAGAAUACUACAGACAACAAGCUGCCUAUUAUGGACAGACACCUGGUGCUGGCGGACCAGUGCCACCCCCCACACAGCAGGGACAGCAGGCUCAGUGAGCUGAAUGUGACCCACCCCAUCUCCGAGAACCUUUUGUUUUGGAGAGAGCUAGUGGCUGCUACUGCCACUGCAGGAAGUGGCAGGGUGGGAAGGGAACUGGCCUGUUGCUCUGAUUGCUGGGUUUCUUCUGGGAAUCUUGGCCAUGCCGCCUUCAUAUCUCUCUUAAAAUAAAUCCAGAUCUCCAAACCUAAUGUUGAGCCAGCAGCCGUAGAAGAUAGCCGACUAAAACCGUCUCCACCAGAUCCCAUCCUGCCUGACACGCACCUCAGUUUUUUCAGGGUAACACUUCUUUUUCUUUUCUGUUUUGUUUUAAAAAUAAACUUUACAAGGAAAAGUCACUCUGCUUUUUAGUUAGAGUUGGAACAUUCCUCGGACAAAGGUGUUGGUGUUUCAGACAACCCCAUCCCUGCCCUUCCAUUUUCUCCACUGCUGGGACUGAUCGUGUUUUUGUCUGUUCAAGAGGAAAUUGGAACAAACAAUUAUAUGCUCAAAUUUUUACUUUUUACCGCUCGUUUUUAACUUCACAAAUAAAUGAUAACAAAACAUCCCCCUGUGUCUGCUGGGUGGUGUCUUUCUCUCUCUGUCUAUAGGGUUUUUUGAAGCUGAUGUUUGUUCACGAUAUAGCUGUUGUAAAAGCCUGAUAAUGGUCAUGAAUUAAGAGCUUCCUGUGUUUUUAUAGUUUGAGCAGGCAUUUGUGCAUUUUUGUUGAAUAAAAUGCUUUUUUGUUUUAAA